GUAUAAAACCCACCCUAAACACGGAAGAAAGGUUCACAACAUAAAAUGGAGCUGUAAUUUUUGAAGGUUUCACAGACUGAGGAGACAUUCAGACUAUCAACGUCUUGGAACUGGGCAUUUGAUAAACAUUUUACACGGAAUAGUGUGCCGAUUGCUUACAAUAUCAACUCGGUAUAGAUCUAAGGCAAUUCGCAAAUCAUGGGUUUUGACACGAAACAGGCGCAGGUGAAGCUGACCGCCGGUCGCACCGUUCGCAUCCCCGUAGUUGCGGCGAUGACGACCCAACAGUUAUGUGAGAAGGUGGCGGAAGAGGAGAAAGCUCCCGCUGAUGUCAUUACUCUCAAAUUCGGUGGUAAGGUCUUGAAGAGGAGCAAGACGAUGUACGAAUAUCUUGUCAGGGAAGAGAUGGAACUAAAAGUGAAGCUUUUGGCAAAGGAAACUCUGAACAUCAACCUGCAUCUACCUGGUAAGGACAAAGAAGUCGUCUCAGUGGAGAUCAACAAUACAUCAUGUCACUCAGAAAUUAAAACAAAGCUGGGAGAAGCAAAAUUACAUCUUGCUGGGAAAUACAUGACCUUUCAUAUCGGCAACAUGGAGCUGAAGAUGACAGACUAUGCAUACGAAGAUUGUCUGAAGGACGGAGAGAAUAUCAUCGUUAAAUUCCCUAAUGAUAAUCAGGGAACACAGGAAGAAGAGAUGCAGGAAGAUGAGAGACAGGAAGUCCUGAACAGCUUUGCAUCGAGUAUGUCCUCACGGCGGAAAGUGGAUAUUGUCUUUUCCUUUGACACUACAGGAAGCAUGUAUUCUCUUUUAUCAACGGUCCGAGAGAAAUUGCGAGAGUCUGUGACCCGUCUCAUGUCGGACAUACCAAACAUUCAGAUCGGCCUGAUGGCUCACGGAGACUACAGUGACGAGCACUUGUAUGUCAUCAGAAAACAUGAUAUCUCAGCAGAUAUGGCUGAUCUGGUCCAGUUUGUAGAAGCUACCGAUGGCAGCGGAGGCGAAGGACCAUAUGCUUGCUAUGAAUGGGUACUGAGACAUGCCAAUGGUUUAUCGUGGAGAGAAGAUGCUGCGAAGGCUUUGGUCAUCAUUGGUGAUGUCGUACCGCAUCCUCCCUCAUAUACAGACAUCAAUAUCAACUGGCGGGAUGAGCUGCAAGAGCUGUGUGACAAGGAUAUCAAGGUGUAUGGUGUUCAAGCGAUGGAUAACAGGCCAGCCAACUCUUUCUAUGGUCACAUGGCACAGAAAUCAGGUGGUGCUCACAUCAAAUUCCAGCAUUUCUCAUUGAUUACAGACAUGUUUCUUGCAGUGUGCUACAGAGAAUCCGGUGAUGACCAACUGAAGGCCUACGUCGACGAGGUUGAGAAAGAAGGGAGAAUGACGGAAGAAAUGAUGGAUGUCAUGAAGCAGCUGGAGAAGAAACCAGAGGAAGAGGAGAAGAAGGAUGAAGAGGAGAAGGAAGAGGAGAGAGAGGAGGAGGAGAAGAAGACGGAAGGAGGAGCAUCGGCAGAUGCAACAGGAGAUGCCGAGGUUGCAGCACCUGCUCCAGAGCGCCAACAGGAAGUGGAAUAUGUUUCUGAGCCGUGGUGGGACCUCACCUUAGACAUGGCAACAGUGCCCAAAUUCACAUAUGACAAUGCCAAUGACUUUUGGUCAAGAUAUGGCCAAUCGGCAGCUUCCAACAACUUCUAUCCAAGAGCAACAAGAAAGAGUUCAAGAAGAAAGACCCUUAAGAAGGCCUGUUCAGUGAUGUGAAAUGGAGAAUGGUAUACUUUAUUCAAGUUCAUUUCAUCAUUGAGAAAAAAAAAUUAAUACAAUACUAUAAGCUCUGUUUUGUGUUCGAGGACAAUGGUUGAGGUAAAGAUAAAUGUACCAAUGACUUUCAUGUUUUUCUAUCAGCAAGGAUAACCCAAGGAGGAAGACAUUAAAAAAGCUGCUCUGUGAUAUUAAAAGAAGAACAAUAUGCAAUGCUUCGAGGACAAUUCCCUGGAAAAACAACUCCAAGGGUAACUUCAAAUUUAUCUUCAAAAGAGGAGCCUUUGGGGUGAAGGUCAUAUGUGACCAACUACCCCAAAAUCACCAAUAAGUCUCCAGGGAAAGUUCUUUGUUAAUAGCCAAACUAGUAAACUUGUCUUCAAUAAGCCAAAAUUCAAUGCUUAGCUUGUCUGAAGGAGUAAUUUGUUAUCUUUAUACUGUAAAAUUUCGAGUUGUAAAGUUCAAGAUACAAGAGUUUCUUUGACACAAGUUUUUGUGGACUGCUUGGAAGUUUUAUUAAAACUUUAAUAUGCACAUCUAAUGCCUGAGUGAACAAAAACUUCAAAUGUUGUUUUCUCCUUGUAUUCUAAAGCUCUCGCUCUUUUUCUCUGCAUUCAAUCAAGUAUUUGAGUGAAUUAUUGUUGAUCAAAUUUGACAAAUCAUAUAUUAUUUUAAAGCUUAGGAGGGUUUUUUUCAAACUCAAUAAAAAUCUCAAAAUUCAUUUUGGGUGACUUAUUUUGUUGGUUUCAGAAUUGUAAUGAUAAUUGACUUUAUUAUUGUGUAGCGAUUGACGACUUCUGAUAAAGUAAGGAAUAUAAGCAAUAUAUAUGCAUCAUAAUGCAUGUAUAUGUGAUAUAUCUUAUUUAUCAAUAUGUGAUAACUUUUAAAUUGAAUUUCUUAAUUACUAUAUGAAUCAACAGUUCAACAUAAUAUGUUUUUUCUUCAAUUAUUCUUGUCCUACAUGUACUGUCAUGAAUUUCAUUCGUCAUGGAAACAAUGUUUUGUUACAUGUAUGUUGAAAAACUAAUGAAAUCGCUGUUGAGGGGAAAAUAAAUUUUGAAAUUAAUAUGUGAUAUGUUAUUUGUCAGAUGGCAUUCUUGGUAGAUAUGACACCAAUAACCUCUGUUCUUAUACUCCUUUUGUACAAGGAAAAUAUUUAAGAAUGUCAAAAAUGGCUGCUUGAUGGUUUGAAAUUCCAAAAGUUUGGUUGCUUUGUGUAGAAAUAUUAACAAUUGGAAUAAUUGGCUAAUACACAAUACUUAAUUUGAUACUUUAUAGGUAUUCCAUUAGUUCAUAUAGUGUGCUAAUAGUUCAGAGAGAUUAGCCUAAAUAUAAGCUUUGUCAGUUUCAGUAUAUCUGUCAUUUGAAGUCAUAAGUAGUUUUAUUAUCUAACAAUCGGCCUUUAUUAAAGGUGCAAAAUCAUGUACUACAAUAUGCAUUUUACAAGUGAUUUCCUGUACCACUAAAUCCUGUGCAUUCCUGUGUUAAGUGUUCCAGUUUAUUGAAGUAGAUGAAGUAGAAAGUAGCAAACAAAAUUUGAUAUGUAUCAUCUUCUUGUAAAUAUAUGACAUUAUGUUAUUGCUUGCCAUACAUUCACCAUUGAUAUGAUUGCACUCAUAGAGUAUGGUGUAUCCCAGAGGUUAUGAAGUGUUUGAAAUAUAUAUGCAACAACUUUCAUCCAAAUUUAAACAUUGCCAGUUUUAAGUAUACAUGUAAUAUAUUUCUUUAGCAGAAUUUGUUCAAAUUCAAACAUUGCCAUUUCAGAGUAUGCAUGUAUGUCAGAUGUUACUUCAUUUCAAAGGCCAGUUAUAAGUUACUUAAGCUGUAACUGUCAUGUUUUUUCUAGAAAGGAGCUAAACUCAGCUAAUUUUAUUGAUAAGUUAUUGUGUGCCUGUCUUUCAUUCAGGAAAGAUUUCAGUGCUUGAUUGGCCAUUAUGUGCAAUUCAUUUGUGUGUGCGGUUUUGAUGCGAGUCUUCCAAAUUAAAUAUUGGUGUUUUGAAAGAGAGGCUUCGACUUUCUAGGACUGAAUUCAUGCAACUUAUUAUCAGCAGCAAGUCGCAAGAUAUGAUUGUUUUAGGCUAAUUAACGACACCAUGCAAUUUGAUUGGUGAAAAAAUCAGUCGUAGAUUUCUUUAGCAAUUGAUAUUGAUUAUAAAUCUUUUGAAACAUAUUCUUGAUCUGUAUGUUUGCUAUUUUACAAUGUAUUGAAGUACCGUGAUUAUUCUUUUUAUUAAUCAUUUUUCAAAAGCAUAACUCGGAAUCAUGGGAUGCAUUUCUAUAUAUUAUUAUGAGAAGAUCUUUUAUUUCAACAUUAGCAAUCUAUGUGAUAGAUAUGAUAUAUUUAUACUGCCAGCGAUCAUACUGUUAGUGCAUGUUUUAUGUCAAAUAAGAAAAUAUUUGUCUAUAGAGAUCAUGUACUUUAUAUGAAAUAUACAUGUAUGUCAGAAAUACUGGCAAAAAAAGAAGUCAUAUAUAGAAUGUAGAUUUUUAUUUAUACACUGUAUAUUAUUUGUAUAGGGCCUAUAUGCAUGUUUUUUUUUUUUCUGGGUAUAUAUGUUUUUUUUGUCUUUGCCUUUUCAGUGUCAGUCAAUCUUUUGAAUAUGUUGAUGAGAUAUCUGUAAAUAAACGUACGUUUUAUACAUUUUUGUAA